AUGAAAGCAGUUCUACUAGUCAUCGGGUUGUGCAUUACAAUGUGCAGUGCCGAAAAGAAGAAGAAACCUCUUUGCGAAAUGUGUGAAGAUGUAAUUCAGACGUUAGAUAAACUACUGGAGAAAGGAGAGGAUUUGGAAAAGGCUAUGGAAGAAUACUGCGACACAGACUGCCCUGACUUUUUAAAACCGUAUUGCGAGAAGAUUGAUCAAAAACUAAAGUACAUCAUCGAGAAGUUAAAGGAUCACGACACACCGGAAAAAAUUUGUACAGACAUUCAUCUUUGCGUUGAUCACGACACACCAGAAAAAAUUUGUACAGACAUUCAUCUUUGCGUUGUUCAAUAA